CGGUGCUUCCGGCGCUCCGCGGGCGGCCAUGUUGGAGCGGCGGCGGCGGCGGCGGGGGCGCAGCGGCGGCGGGCGCGGCCGUGUCGGCGGGCGGUAGGUUGGGGCCGGGCCCCGCGCUCCCCGGCCGGGGGCGCUGCCGAGCUCCUCCCGGCCGCUGUCGAGGCGGAGCCGCGGCUGUGCGGGCCCCGCCCCGCCGCGUUCCCCGCCCCUCCCUCCGGGGCCCGGUAGGGGCCGAGCUGAGGGGGCCGGGGCGCCCCCCCACCAUCCCCGCCGGGCCCUGCAGGCGCCGCCCGUCCCCGGGAGCCCCCCUCGGGCGGCCCCGCCGAGCUCCCGGGGCGCCUCCCUGCCCUGCCCGCUGCCUGCUGCCGGUACCGGGGGCUGAGCGGCGGCUGCGCCCCUGUGGCGGCUGGGAGAGGUCCCCGGUGGGGCGUUAGGCGGGCAGGCGUGCCGCCCCGCGGGCCGUGUGACGCGGCGUUUGCUUCUUUCUUGGCUCCGCACAGAGCGGGGCUGCAGGGCCGGGGGGUGCCGUGUGGCAGUGACCGCCCGGCUGACCCCACGCCUCGUCCCUGGGCUCGCACAGCCCGGAGCUCCCGGCAGCAGACCCCGAGUUUGUGCUGUCAGUGGGGCUGCUCUGCCGGCUUCUCUCCCUCUGCCGGGCUGGGGUUAAACGCUGUGUCCUCGUCGGCCCCGCCGUGCCUGCUGCCCCCGCUCGCUGUGGAGCUGGCAGCCCUCGCCAGCUGCUGACAGCAGCCCAGCUCUGCCCGAGCGCCUCUCCCCUGCUGCGGGAGUUACCCUGAGUGUUGCAAAGCAGCCGCGUUAUCCUCCCCCAAAUCCCUCUCCUGCUGUGACGUCCGCAGAACACUUGACUGAGAUUAGGCUGUCAUGCGGAGGCUCUUACCCCCCCGCUGACCUGUGCUUCCCCUCCUGCCUCUCCCUUUGGCUGCUGCCGAGCUGUGGGCUAGUGCAGCUUCCCUCUCAGUGCAGCCCACAGAAACACGGGGCUCUGCUCCCUGAUGGGCACUCCCCAGCUGCUGCUCUGGCAGGAACAUGGGGUGCCAGCAGUUCCUCACCCUGCUCAGGUGCUCGUUGUUCCACCACAGCUUUCUCCCCUGCACACUGCCCUCUCCACCCGUGCCUCCCACACCAUCAGCGUGCCACUGGCAGGGAUUGCUCACUGCCCCCUCCGUGCUCUUUGGGAGGUACCCCUGAAGGUAAAGGUGUGUAACCUCAGCCACAGCACCACACAGCCCUGCUCUUUGCUGCCCUGCCUUCUGCGAGCACUUGGUGCUUUGCCCCAGCUGCUUCGUGCCACGGAGCCCGAUCCGAGCGCUGUCCCUCGGGCCAUCGUGCAGGCGGCCCUGGCGAUGUCUGUUUCCUCCGUGCCUGCCCCGCUUGAACUUCCUCCCUCCUACUCUCCUGGCAGCAGCUUGCUGUGACAGCGAGCUGUGAGCCGUUGCUCAGGCACAGGAGCAUCAACGAAGCACGGCUUAAAUAGCUCCAGCUCUGCUCUCGGCUCUUCGGGAGGCUGCUGCACGUUUGGCAGGGACUCGCCAUCAAUUUCUGAGCAGAAUCAGAGAGCUGGGAGGUUGAAUCUGACACUGAUAGCGCUGAGGUGCCCACACUUCCAGUUCAUCAGAGGGAGUGUAGCUGUGGCUCGGUUGUGGUGUUCUCAGUACGUGCGUGGGGAAAGGAUUUAGGGAAGGGCAGGAUGAGAGCCGUGCGCUGCAGGCCAGGAGCGUCCCUCCCAGAUGGAAACGGGCUGCGGAUCUCCCUGAGCUACCCACCAGAACCCCGCACCUUGGGUUGGCGAGGUGGGACUGCCUGAAAUCUUGGCUUGGGAUUGAGGAUAUUUCUGCGAGGGAAGUUUUAAGUUUUACUGCAGAGAGAAAUGCCUGGCAGGGCUUUCUUGCUGCCAGCACGAGUUAAGCACAGCCUCCAGCCUGAUGGUUGUGAGUAGCCAAAGCCUGGGCGUGAUGCUUUCGGGUCCCUGCUUAAAAAUGUGCGAUGCUUUCAGUUGCUGUCAGCUAACUGUCUUCUCUCUCCUUUUGAGGUGUCGAGGGUUAUUUUUCCAGUAAUUUGGACCUUUUUGAAGCGCCCGAUUGCCUAAUGCCAUGAAUAUUGCAGUGAACAAUGCGGAAGAAAAAGCUGUCCAUUCCUGGUCGCGAAUUUCCUCCGCGGGACACAAAGUGCUGGAGGAGGCCCUGCGAGUCUUCAACCCCAUGUCCAAGGACCUCUCCGACACCGAGACCCAGCUGGUGGCCUUCAUCCAGGGCCUCAAGGAGGAGGGCUACCAGCCCACCAUCCUGAGGAGCAAGGAUGUGUACGGCUACAGCUCGUGCACCGCCGACACCCCCAGCCACACGAAGCAGAGCACACCACGCGGCUGCGCCGCCGAGCCCCCGAGGACUCCAGCCAGAAGCGCCGUGGCCAAGGCGCCCGCGUCGCCCACCCGCCUCCCCCUCAGCCCUCCCAAAGUCUCCGCCCCGCCGGUCUCUAAAGGGAACUCCACCAACCUGCUGCUGAGCUCCUUGAAGCAGACGAGAUCCGGCACGGCCAAAGCCUCGGCUGUGGGUUUUCCUGCCAGCAUGUACCCCGACGUGUACCCAGCGGUGAGGCUCUCCGUGGUGCUGGAGGCUCUGGUGCCGCUGAAAACCCCCGCCUCGCGCCUGGAAUCCAAGCUGACGCGAGGGCCUCUUGGGAUCUCGCCCUCAGACCUUAAACUCCUCCAGGCCUCCGGCCCGCCGAGGCAGUUCCCUUCAGGCAAGGCGGCUAAAAUACCGAAAGGUAAGAGGUACAAGCGUUUGGUAAAGAAAGCCCCCGCUUCUGCCACCCUCACUUUCAAUCUUCUGAAGGGACCAAAGGGUGGAGUGCUGCAGGAGAGCAACGCCUGCAAAGCCUCGGGGGUCCUGAACGGGAGGAUCACGGGCAGCUCGUCCCAGGGCUGUGCAGCGGCGCCGCCAUCCAAGGCCUUGAAAAUCAAAGCUAAGGAAGCCCUGGUGCGGAAAACGGAGUGGAAGGAUGGCAGCACUUACCAGGAGACUGUCGGGCAGAAGAGGAAACGAGCCGCAGAGGCGAGGGAAGCACCGCAGAGGAAGAGGUCGAAUGCCAUUCCUGUCCAAAGUAAGUCUCGACGGGCUCAGAGCACUUUGAACCUGCUGAAAUUCCGGGCCAUCAAGGUGGGCAACUCUUCUUCCGACGACGAAGUGAGGAGGAGAGCACAGAAGAUUCUUCGAGUCAACCUGUCCCCCGUGAUCCGAAUUCAGCCCCUGUCCCACUCUCACAGCGUCCCCUGAUUCGCUUCACUUGGUCACUUUUUUUGUAAGUAAUUAAACACGAGCCUGACACUGGAGCGGGGCGAAGGCUGGGAGCGACUUUGGGUCUCUGGUGUCUGGUGAGGAUACGCCGACUAACCUGCGGACAGAGCAGCCUGCUCGUGCUGCUCCUGCCCGUCCUGCCGCGCAGAACUGACUGCACCAGCACAAAACCACGUUUAGGCACGCGGGACGCUGCCCCUGCCCUGCGGUGAGCCGAGCAGCUCGCUUUUUUUUUUCCCCUCUGGGCUCUCCUCAGAACGUGGCAGGCUGUGCUCUCGUGCAGGGGCAGAACACGUGACUUUCUCAUGACAUGGAUGCACUGUGAUAACGCUCUUUUUUCAAGCUGUACAUUUACUGGUUUUAUUUUGAUCAAAUUUUAUAACUUUAUGAUCUAUAUAGCUAUACACCCGUACGUGUGCAGGCAGCCCGGGAGCUGUGGGACGAUGCGCUUCCUCCCUCCCUGCGGGGUCGGGUCCGAGAGCUUUUGUUCCCCUUUCCCGUCAGCCAGUCUUUUGUUGAAGGUGCCAGGGUUUCGUUGUGAGUCAGUGUGGUGACAGCCUGCUCUGGGCGCGCUCGGACGGCUCGGCAGCAGGCGGGAUCACAGCCACUUGUUUGUCUCUGACAAUGCCAAGCAACGUGCAGAAUUACCAGCUGAUAAGUGAGUGUAGUUUUAAUCAUACUUUCGGUAUUACCUCUGCAUUAAAAGGUGGGGGAGCGUUCCUGGGCUGCUGCCUGCAGGUCUGCAGGGCGCUUCCAGCUGCCUCCUCCGUCCGCCGGUAGCAGAAGCUCUGGAAUCACCUCGGGGAUCUCCCUCCAAAGAGCGAUUCGGCCGCAGAACCUGGUGUUGUUCCGCCCUCCGGUGCCCCCGCUGCGAACGUAGGACGUGAACUGUGCCUGUGGCAGCCUCAGGGCCGGGGCUGUUGAGCAGAGCUGCCCAAAAAGCCCUGUCUGUGUUGUAACUGCUUGGACGCGCCGGGAGCAGGUUCCAGGGGCUGGGAGAGGAGACACCCGCAGUGUUUGAAUGUAUGGGACGCGUCCCACCGCUAUCCCAGGGGGAUGUUUGGGCCCGAAUCAGAGCAGAGGCGUUGAGAGGAACACUUCAGUUACCAGCACUUAGGCGUGGAGAGUUUCUUUGUGUCGGGUGGUGUGGACGAAGCAGGAGCAGGGAGAAUGGGGAUGGAGAGCGGCUCUGCUGCCCCCUGGGUGCUGCGGGGAGGCGUGAGGCAGCUGGGACAGCUCGGCGAAGGCUCUGCCCGUCCCCAGGAGGCACCCCAAACUGCUGCUGAGGGGUUUUGCCUGCGCUGAGAGGCAAAAAACACGGACCGCACACUGGAGGAGGUCGGGUGUGCAAGCUCGGGUGGAGCUGGGGCGCCCCGUGGGGACCUGCACAGCCCCUGCGGAGCCCAGCAGCUCGGGGAGGGGGCCUGGCCCCGCACCCCGUGGUGUUCAGGGCUCCGCAGCAGCAGGGCAGUAAUCCACUCGUUCCCUCACCAGCUCAAAGCGCCAGGUGUCUGACCCAGUAAUCUCUGCACGUCAGCCGAAGGGAUGAGCUCUGGGAAGCCGCAGCUCCGUGCAUGUCAGCUCCUCUCCAGCACCUGUCCGGAUUUCAGCAUUUAACAGAAGUGGCCAGUGCCUGAUCCCCAGCUCGGAGAGCGAGCCUGAGGCAGGGAGAGGAGAGAGGAGGGAGCGAGAGGGCGGAGGAGCUGGUGUCCCGGGGCACAGUGCUGGUGGAGGCUCGCUGCGGGAGGCGAUGGCAGGCUCUGAAUCAGGCGCUCGGCUCUGGGCUGCUGUCAGGGAUCGUAACUCGCAGUGCUCGAGGCUGACCUGUGAAUGCCGCUGGCUGGCUGCGGCACAGGAGGGAAUAUUUUCUCCUGCUCCCGUGUCUUGAAAUGCCUUGGCAGAGAGUUCCCUUUCCUGACAUGGUGCUGGAUGAGCACGGACCCUCCGGCGCUGUUCACCGGCCAAAAAUCGCUUUGUCCCUUUUGUUCCCAUCCCUUCGGGCCUUUCUCAUUCCCACGCUCCCACAUGCCAGCUCCUGAAGGCUCAUGCUGGAGCUUCUCUUUCUGGCGGUGCCCUGAGGAGGGCCCUGCAGUCCCACUGCUCUGCUGGCUCCCCGCUCCCAGCCCCAUAGGAGGGCACCCGGAGCUGUCCCGGGGCCUCUCCGUGCACCACCAGACAUCCCCAUGGGGCACCUGGCCUCCUCUGGGACAAGCAUCUGCUCACCAGCAGGGCUGAACACAGCCCGAGCGGGAAGCCUGAACCUGAAGCCAAUGUGUCUGGGUCCAUCCCUCGCCUCCCUCCUGUUCCUUGCCCCUGCUGCACCACUCCCUGCCUCCUCGCCUCUGCAGGGAGAGGCGAGUGGUCAAAGUGUCUAGGGCUGUGCUGGGGGGCUGGCAGCGGUCAGCGCGGUCUCUGUUGGUGUUUCUGCACAUCAGCAACGCAGAGCACCGGGCCCUGAGCUCACAAGGCAGCACCGGCCUCACAGAUAUCCCCAGAGGUCCCUUCCACCCGUAAUUACUGUGACAACACUGGGAUCAUUUGCCUGGCGGGGCCCUGCAGCAGCGGUAGCGGCGUGGCGCGAGGAAAUGCGUUGCCUGGAGUGUCCUGGUGUGUGCCGAGCGCGGGUUGUUCAGACCUGCUGCCGCGUUACUCACUUUGCAUUCAUCCAGGUGCCUCACCUGCGCUGCUCCGGGCACCGUGACAGCCGAGAGCUGGGCAGGCAGCACAGCGCUCCUGCCACCUGCCUUCCUACCACUGUCACUGCCAGCAGCCAGCCAGGCAGAGGUCAAAGAGCUGCUCUUCAGGCUGCGUUCGUGGGAGUCGUUCCUUCUUUUGUUCAGCUGCCAAGAAGCGAGUUUCUGCUUCGCCUCCAGCAGACCAGGCCCGUCAGCUUCCUGCGUGCCCCAGAUGUCCGCCGGCGAGGUCCGCGGGGAAGAGCAGCUUGUCCAGCGGGGAGCUGACAUCAGACACCGGGCUGAGAUCCCGCUGCUCGCUGGUGGACAUGUUCUGAAGCUCGUGUGCACUGUGAUCACAUUUCACCCCCUGCCUCUGCUUUCAGCUGGAGAUGUUUCUCCUCGGCCUCCUCCCUGCGAGCCGCGCAGCGCGGCGCUGCUGCUUCCAAGCCGUUUGCGUUCCCCCUGAGAGCCAGCUGCAGUAGCGACCCUGUACAGAAAUUCUUAAGCACUUUUCCGCAAAAUAGGGGGUUAUUUUGUUACUCCUCUUUUGUAGCCUGCCGCUCACCCGGGUUUUCCUCGCGCAGAGUCCAGCGAAGGGCACCGCAGGGGUGUCAGGGGCAGAAUCGCUCUGGGGCCCAGCCGGGUUGGCCCCGUUCGUGCUGUGGGGCACGGGCUGCCGGGCAGUUCGGUGUGUCUGCAGGGAAGCAACAGCUUCUCUUCUCUUCGUGUCUGGCUCCUGAGCUCUGUCCCUGCCCAUCCUGCAGCAGUGUGCCAGCGUGGGAGCUGCGGGCCCCGGAGAGCCUGGGGCUGCCCCUGUGCAGCCUCUGCUGUCCUCGCCCCCAGCGCCCAGGAGCUGGCCCCGCUCUCCGGGCUGCUGCCCUCUGGAAGCCCUGGCAGGGAGGGCAGUGCUUCCCUGCGGGAGCAUCCGAAAUGACUUCCCCUGCAGGGCUGAUUAGGCCUCGCCCCUGGGGAGUCCCUUAAAGGCCUUAUUAUCCUCCGGGACUCUCCUUGUUGUCUUAAUUAGCCCUUUUGGUUCCUGUCGCCCACAGGCAGCCCCUGUGAGAGUCUGGUGAUUCCCACAGCCCCGGCCAGGCACUCGAGGCUGCUACAAAAGAGCGGGUGCUGCAGAGCUACCCCCGAAAUACCUCCCCUCCUCCCCGGGCACGGCCUGCAGAGGCCGGGAUGUGGGGCUCCGGGUCAGCACGAGCUCCUCUCCACCAGCCACCUCCCCGCCACCCCGCUCUGCUCCAGCCGGGACCGGUGCCGCCAGCACCGGGGAGCCCCGGGUGACACGGGGCAGCAGCCACCGGCCGUGCCCAGGCUGCUGCUGCCAGCUCCACACUUUUGUAUGGUGAACCCGCAAGGACUGACCAUCCUGUUCCCGAGUGAACUUUUUACUGUUUCAUUUGUUUGUGUAGAAUGUUUCCGAAGGUAUAUUUAAUGUUCGAUAUGAGGCCGGGCCGCUCCGCUCUCGGUGUUGUAUAUUUUGGAAUGGCAUUGUUGAGCGAGAAGACAGCGUUGGUGUUAUUCCACUCUUAGGAGGGAACGGGACAAAAAGCAGCCUGUCUUUUCUCUUAAAUGAAGUGAACUUUUUGUUAUGAAGUCCUCGUAGGUGUCCAGCCCUUCAGUAAAAUGGUGCUCAGAACCGC